GCAUCAUGGUUGACCUACACAUUUAAUAUGCAUGAGCGAACUGACUGCAACCUCAAAUGAGGCAGAUACUGUGAAUCAAGUCACAUAUUUUGCGCACAACACUGGAGCGAUUCUCCACCUCACACAACAAGGAUACGGCUCAGGCUGGCAUGGAAACAUGGAGAAAUGGGGACCUCUUCGUUAUUGGCUUGGACUUUGCUGCUUUUUGAGUUGUGUUCGGGACAAAGUUCUCACCAACAUCUGCACGACGAUCGCGACUUCGGGCAGCAACACAACUCCGACCACGACAUGAACAUCCUGAUGGGAGAGAAGGAGAACGUCGAGCUGAAGAAACUCACUCCUGCUGAGCAGAAGAUGAAGAUGAUGGAGCUUGUUCAAAGGAUCGACAGAAACGCUGACCAUCUGCUGAGUGAAGAGGAAAUCACGCUGUGGAUCCAGCACGUCUACCGAAAAUAUGCAAUGGAGGAUGCAGAGGAAAGAUUUCCGAAGUUCGAUACGAACAAAGACGGUGUGGUGACAUGGGAAGAGUACAACAUGGUUGUUCACGAUCAGCUGCUUCCCUUCGAUGAAAGUGUUAUCUCAGAGGAUCCUGAACAAGAGUCCCUAAGACAGCUGCACCUGAGAGAAAGGAAGCGUUUUGAUUUUGCCGACGCGGACGACAAACCAGGCCUGAACGUCUCAGAGUUUCUGGCCUUCACCCACCCAUCAGAAGUGGAUCGCAUGGCUGACUUUGCAGUUGAAGACGUGUUGAACCAAUAUGAUCGGGACGCGGACGGCUUCAUCAGUCUGAAAGAGUUCAUCGGAGAUGUCCGCGGUGAAGAUGGGACGCCGUCACAGUGGGAGAUAGAGGAAACUGUGCGCUUUCAGGAACUUUAUGACCAAGAUAAAGAUGGGAAACUGAACAGAGAGGAACAACUGCGCUGGGUGGCUCCAAACAGCUACAGUUCUGCAAGAGAAGAGGCUCUUCACCUCAUCCGAGAAAUGGACCAGAACGGUGACGGAAAGAUCUCCGAGGCUGAGGUUUUGAAAAACCAAGACCUAUUCAUGAACAGUGAAGUGACAGACUACGGCCAGCAGCUUCAUGUAUCUCACGAUGAAUUGUGACCAUGUGUUCAAGUCUUUUUCCACGAACCUGACACGCCACCACCUGAUGAAUCGUGUGAUCAAUAAAAAAAAAGAAA